AUGGUUCAUCACCAGCCAGUGUCCUCGCCCCCGGUACAGUUCGGCUGGUACCGUUCAUCACCAGCCAGUGUCCUCACCCCUGGUACAGUUAGGCUGGUAUUGUUCAUCACCAGCCAGUGUCCUCACCCCGGCACAGUUAGGCUGGUAUUGUUCAUCACCAGCCAGUGUCCUCACCCCGGUACAGUUCGGCUGGUAUUGUUCAUCACCAGCCAAUGUCCUCACCCCGGUACAGUUAGGCUGGUAUUGUUCAUCACCAGCCAGUGUGGUAUUGUUCAUCACCAGCCAGUGUCCUCACCCUGGCACAGUUCGGCUGGUAUGGUUCAUCACCAGCCAGUGUCCUCACCCGAUACAGUUAGGCUGGUAUUGUUCAUCACCAGCCAGUGUCCUCACCCCGGCACAGUUCGGCUGGUAUGGUUCAUCACCAGCCAGUGUCCUCACCCGGGCACAGUUAGGGCUGGUAUUGUUCAUCACCAGCCAGUGUCCUCGCCCUGGUGUGAGUCCAGGAAAGAAAGGUUUGGAAGCAAUCAGGCAGUUCCCGGUUCCGACUUCAUGGGAAGCAGUUCGUUCGUUGGGAAUGAAAACAUUCCAAGUGAUAUUUUGAGUCGUAAGCCUGUUGAAGACGCCAAUGAAUUACCAGUGUUAGCUGUGACUAGAGGUCAAGAAAAACGACGUGAUAUUAUUCUCAAAGCACAUAUCACAGUGACUGAGAAGUUUGGACAAACACAGAUCGCACGCAGCAACACCCAGCUUGAACAGAAACUGUACGAGAUCAAGGUGGACACCAACGAGACAAGUUACUUGUGUACAGAAACAACAUCAGAACCAAACUUCAGCAUCAAGAAGAUCGCCCCAGACAUCAACUUCUGGGUUUACUUCGAACCCUCGGUUGGUCCUCCACAGAUAUUGGCUCCCGAGUACACCAUAAACGGCUCUUGCGUUAUCCCUGGACCAAACUCAGACUCCUUCUCCGUCAAGGUGUUCGUCCUCAACAACCAACCCCCAGUUGUGCACCCCGGGACACUAGUGACGAUAAUGGUACCGGUUGCUACAACCAUUGGUCAGAUUAUAGGGACUGUGAAUGCCACGGACAAUGACGGGGAUCUGCUCACCUUUAAUGUCAGUAUGCCAGCGGACGGCUUCAACAUGGACGUUGGUGGACAAAUAAGUACCACUAAAAAUAUGGCUGAGUUGGACGCCAUAUCAGCUGUGAUCAGUGCCAGUGUGAGCGACACGGCGAGUCACACCACAAUGUUCCAAGUCAGGAUUACACUGGAUAAGCUGAACACGAAGCCGGUGGACAACACGAUUCCUACCACCAGGAACGUACAGGAAGAUGCUACAAGCGGGGUGAUCCACACCUUCGACGUCAAGGACACCACCUUGUUCGAUAGCCUCAGCAUGUCUCUCAGCGUCAGCCCCUCUUCCGGUGCAAGCAAGUUUAAGAUUGAAAGCAACCAGAUUCAGGUUGUUGGACCAUUCGACUUCGCUACUGUCUCGACAUAUACCCUGACGGUUCUGCUCAAUGACGGCUACAAACGCACCAGCUACGACAUCACCGUCAACAUCAUCGACGCCAACGACCCCCCAUCAUGUACCAGUAAUAGCUACAUUGUUAAUGCAGACGAAAACACGAUGACCCCAAUCUCGGUCAGUGCGUUCGGUAUCAACGACGCCAGCGGACAGACUCACACUCUGGCUCUCUCCAGCCCAUUGUUCAGCGUAUUUCAGGUAGAAGGUCCGAUGCAAAUAAAGCCAAACGUCGCCCUUGACUGCGAAUCAAGUACGCCCAUUCCAAACCCCGUGACCGUCGACAUUACCGUUACCGACAACUUCGGUGCCUCUGGGACGUGUGCCGUCACCAUUCAGUGCAACGACCUAAACGACAACAGCCCCGAGUUUGUGACAUCCACGUACAGCUUCCUGGUGGCGACCGACAUGGCAGUCGGGACGUCUAUCGGCAAGGUAAGUGCUACUGACAAGGACAUCACAACGACGACGAACGGCAAGGUGCAGUACAGUCUGAAGGUGUCAGAUCCGGUGGGUGUUGUGAAGGUGCUACCUGACGGGGACGUCUUGAUCGACGCAGACAUUUCCAGCAUGUACGGCGACACAGUGUCCGGGGAGAUCCUGGCGACAGACCAAGGGGCUGGGUCCAGACAAAGCACUGCGACUUUCUUGUUUAAAUGGAACGAGGCUCCCGAUAUCACCAAUCUCCCGAAGUCGGGUAGUAUAUCGGAAGACACAACCGUGGAGUUGCUCAUCUUGGAACUGGUCACAAGUGACCCGGAAGGAAACGAGGUCAUGUGUCACACUGGCACAAUCAGUCAAGCCGGAGCACCUUUCGCGGUGAAGCUGGUUUCCCUUGGCAAAUAUGGCAUAUACUAUACCCAGUCUGUGCAACUGAAUUCCCUUCCGGUAAAGAACAUUCAAAUUGGAGUUAUUUGUGAAGAUGGAAAAGGCGGCUCUGUUGUGAAGAACUACGACCUGCAACUUAAACCCAACGAAAGACCUCAGGCUACGUGCUCACCGACCGCAACAACGCAAGUUAGCGCCAAAUCCAUCAAAACGAAUGACAUCGUAUACGCCAUUCCCGUCACAGACAAGGAGAACAAUCCUCUAUCUGUGGUAACAUUGUGUACUCCGGAAUUGGGACUGUUCGUUUAUGACUCUGCCACUGUAUCGUUGAAGGCGACAACAUCAUUCCAUGGUGUGACACAGUCCAGCAUCACCUGCACGUUGCGCAUUAGUGACGGUAAACAUCCGCCAAUGGAUGACGUCACCUGCUUUGUCACUAUCACCAUCACAGAUCAGAACCAAGCCCCGGUAAUAAACAACGACAAGGAACUGGUGAAACACAGCGAGCUGACCAAGCCAGGCGUGGAACUCUUUAAGUUCGACAUCACCGACGACGACACCGUCGACAUUUCCUUUGAAGUGGAUCCUGUGGCUUUCGCUUCAUACUUCAACGUCAGCUCUACUACGGGAUCCGUAACGUUAUUGAAGGAUCUGGAUUUUGAGACACUGCCAAAAACAUACACCAUCACCAUCGUCGCUGAUGACAGUGUCCUCAAAGCAACGGGGACGGUAACAUUGCAGAUCACAGACGACAACGACCCCCCGGUUUUCGAGAAAAAUAAGUACAUAGUGUCUCUCAAUGAAGGGAAAGCCCUGGGAUCCAGCGUGGACUUGGGUCUGAAGGUGACGGACACCGACAUUGGGGACACACACUCCUUCCGCGUCCUUGCUCCACACAGCAGCACCUUCACCAUAGACGGAACUACACUGAAGAAUCUGGUGCCAAUUGACCUGGACGCAGCCGGCUCCCAGACGACGUACGAUAUAGUGGUUGAAGCUGAUGAUAACAAAGGAGGUGUUGCGACAACAAACGUCAGCAUCAUUGUCCAGCAAAUCAACGACAACACCCCCUACUUUGAACCCAAUUCUUUCAGCAACUGCAUCAUUGGAGUGGCGUUACAAACUUCGACUGAAAUAUGCUCAGGCACGGCUAAAGAUGAUGACGCAGCUCUCCAGGACAAGACUCUGACAUACUCUAUUGGCGCCUCCAGCCACCCCGGAGUGUUCAAGAUGGUUGGUAAUGGCAUCUAUCUGCAGGAGGCGCUUCAACAAGCCUACUACGGCCAGCUGAUGAGCGUGGAGGUCAUCGCCACAGAUGCAGGAGUCGAACCCGGGAAACUGUCAGGCUCAGUCAAUGUCGCUUUCGAAUGGAACAAGCCGCCCACCUGUACUGCUCCUGUGGGACUUCAGCUUGCCGAGGACGCCAGCAAACAGGACAUCCCAGGGUCGGACAUAACUGCCACGGACCCCGAACCAGCAGACACUGUCACCAUCGCCAUGUCGUGCUCGCCUGGCAGCACGGAGUUCUCAGUUCAAAACAAGAAGGUCCACUAUUCCGGCUCUCCGGCGUUGUCUUUCAAGAACACCCCCAGCUACACGUGUGUUUUGAUAUGCGCGGAUGGGAAUGGAGGAAGUGACGAGAAGAACUUUACAAUCACAAUUACAAAGAACAAACCACCAAAUCCGUCUUGUAGUGCACUGACAAAAACGAUAGCAGACGCUUUAGCAGUAACCAAGGGGACCGAGAUUCUGACCUUCCCUAGCGACGACCCCGAGAACGACGACAUCACCUACUCUAUUCUGAUGAGUCCAGCUUCCGCCCUGUUCCAGGUCAAUCCAGACACCGGGGAGCUGACGGCCAGUGCCGAUCUGAAAGGCCAGAAGGCUGACUUCGUAGAGGUCACUGCGACACUCAGUGACCUGUAUGAAAACACGGCCGUGUGCAAAGCUUUCAUCACCAUCAACAAUGUAAACAAGAAGCCAGUACUGAAGCAGACCAACACCAAGGUGUUUAUCAAAGAGGAUGCUGCAGCCGGUGAUGUGAUGUUCACUCUGAACAUCGAGGACCCUGACACCCACGUCGCCACCUAUGUGACGACCAUUAAAACGCUCCCUGAAGAAGCGGCCGCCAAUUUUGAGGCUGAAGUCACCGGCAAAGUAACAGUGUUGACGUUCUACCUGGUAGAAGUAACAAAACUGGUCGUCAGACCCUUCUAG